AUGGCAGCACAAGAGUCUAAACCCUCAAAUCUUCCUAUUCUUCCCAAGUACCUCAAUGAAGACGAAGAGCUAUCCCAAGAAUGCAAAGACCUCAUUGCUACAUUGCCAACUGAAUCGGGUUUGAUCAAUAACCGAAUCCAUCAAUAUAAUGGUUUUUGGAUCACCACAAGCCAAUUGCAAGGAACUCUGAAUUGUCAAAACCAUUUUCAAGCUCAUGACUCCGAUAUCCUUGUCGUCACAUCACCCAAAUCCGGUACCACUUGGCUCAAAGCCCUUACUUUUGCCGUUCUCAACCGAAAGAUCCAUUAUCCAAACCCAAGUUCCGACCCGACCCAGACCAGCCACCCUCACCCUCUUCUCACUACUAAUCCUCAUGAUCUUGUACCAUUCUUAGAGAGUGUCCUCUACUUCCAAACUACCAAGCCUGACCUGAGCUCUUUCCCAUCACCAAGGCUCUUUGCAAGCCAUCUCCCUUACGGUUUGUUGCCUGAGUCUGUAAAGCGGUCAAAGUGUGAGAUUGUUUAUUUGUGUAGGAACCCUAAGGACCUUUUUGUCUCGACAUGGCAUUUUGCAAACAACUUAAGAUCAGAAACACGAGGGCAAAUUAGGAUUGAGGAUUCAUUUGACAAGCUUUGUAAAGGAACAAUUGGGUUUGGGCCAUACUGGGAUCAUAUUUUGGGAUACUACAAGGAGGGUUUGGAGAGGCCAGAGGAAGUGAUGUUUUUGAGAUAUGAGGAGUUGAAGGGUGAGCCAAUCAGGGUUUUGAAGAAGCUUGCUGAGUUUCUAGGGUUUGGUUUUUCUAAGGAUGAAGAGAAAGGUAAUGUUAUGGAAAAUAUAUUGAAACUUUGUAGUUUUGAGAAUUUAAGCAAUUUAGAUGUGAAUAAGAGGGGAAAAGUGUGGUUUGGAAUAGAGAAUAAGACUUUUUUUAGACAUGGAGAAGUUGGAGAUUUUAAAAACUUCCUCGCAUCUGACAUGAUUCAUCGUCUAAAUCUUAUUACUCAGGAGAAGCUGGAGAAACAUGGCUUGAAGUUUUAAAUCCACAUGUUACUUGGACUAUCUCACAUACCAAAAAUGAGUUCCAAGUAAAACAUUAUAUUCUAGGUGCAGUAUUUGUCUGUUCUUAAAGUGUCAAAUUUAUUUUCAUGAAAGUAUUUUUAUG